CUUAGAUUCAUUUGGUCUUCACCAAUAGUCCCUACAAGAACAUAUUCCAUCCUUGAAAUGGUGAAAUCUCUUUGCAUCUCGCAUUAUAAGUUCCCUACCUACCAGCUUUGAAAUAAUUUUCAUGGCAUUAUGACAAUCAACACAAAUGCGAAGAUUUUUUAUAACACGCAUUGGUUGUCGAGCGGGGGUGCUUAAGAAGCCCCGAGAUACAGCAAGUCUCUCACUGUGUCCAAGGAGAGCUUCCUCCUUAGACUCUGGGUCUAUAUCAUGGAGAACGCCUUUGAGUUCUGGAACAUAACCGGAUUCUUUCAUUUGCUCCUUCAGCCCAUAAAGGAGUGCAUAUAACUUUUCAGAAUCAGGGUCAGAUCUAUCUCCAGCCCUAUAUUCAUGGACUCGACUCCUUAUCUCUAGAGGAUUUUGACCACCUUCCUUCUUCUUCUCCUUCAUAUUAGCAGAAUCUGACACUUUUAGAGGCAAAAGACCAGCCCUUGACUGUUCAUUCAAUAAAGAGGGAUCCAGGAGGUCAACAAGCUCAGCACAACGAUCUCCGAGCUCUGUGUUACCUUGAAUUCUAGAAAGAUUCAUCAAUUUUUCCCAGACUUCCACACCUGGCUCUAUCGGCAUCUUUUCGAUAAAUUCCAAAGCUUCGUCUAGGUGUCCCACACUUCCAAGCAUGUCGAUUACUCCCACAUAGUGUUCUAUGGAUGGAACUAUAUCAUUAUCCUUGCUCAUUGCUUCAAAAUGCAACAAGCCCUCAGUGGUGUCGAGUAAGGCUUUGCAUGCCAGGAAAACACCAAGGUAAAUUUGACCGUCAGGUUUCAGCCCAAGUGCCCUAAGUUCAGUAAACAAAUCGAUCGCAGCUUCAGGAUGACCAUUCUUCGCAAGCCCAGUUAUCAUGAUGUCCCAAGAAGUCAAAUUACGAGGCAUUGCAUCAAACACCCUAAAAGCGUCCUUCAUGGAACCACAUGCAGAAUAAAUCUCAAGAAUCCUAUUGUAAGUACAGACUUCAAGAUUAGGUACUGAUCUGAUAAGAUGUUCAUGAAUGGCCUUUGCUUCCUCAAGAGAAUCAUUCUCACCACAGGCCUUCAUCAAGGCCAAAUAACGAGAUAAAUCAACCACAAUGCCCUGCUUCUCUAAGAGAGUCAAAACUUUCACUGCUUCCUCCAGAUUAGCCACACUGAGACAAUCAUCGAGCUCUUGAAUAGUGCCUUUCAAUCCUUUGUGUCCAUCUCCACUACCUGAGUCAUCAUUAUUUGAAACCACAGCCACAUUUUGUGGUAGUGUUCCAACAUUAUUUGCAUCAGGCCAAGCCCGGUUAUUCUGAAAACUUCCAGGACUUCCAGCGUAAUAGUUUCCAUAAGUCUGACCUGAAACCCCUGAAUUUCCCACAUCGUAUCUGACUGCAUUCUGUUGUGCCACUCCAUUUCCACCAGAAUAACCACUUCUCUGUAACUCUGAGGAAUUCCAAGUGUUAGUCCGGUUUACAUUCUGCUGUGCCCGAAAUGAAUCCCCAUAAGCAGAAUUACCACUUCUCUGUACCUCUGAGGAAUUCCAAGUGUUAGUCCGGUUUACAUUCUGCUGUGCCCGAAAUGAAUCCCCAUAAGCAGAAUUACCACUUCUCUGUACCUCGGAGGAAUUCCAAGUGUUAGUCCGGUUUACGUUCUGCUGUGCCUGAAAUGAAUCCCCAUAAGCAGAAUUACCACUUCUCUGUACCUCUGAGGAAUUCCAAGUGUUAGUCCUGUUUACAUUCUGCUGUGCCCGAAAUGAAUCCCCAUAAGCAGAAUUUGCGAUUCGGUUCUCUAAGCUCUGCUGGUGCUCAUUUAUUUGGGGAUGUCUAGGAUUCCCAUUAAAAAGAUUCUGGUUAUUUCCAUACGGAUUCCUGUGAAACCCACCUACAUUCUGCUGCACAUUAUCAAAACCUCCCGGACCAAAAUUCGAAACUGCACUAUGCCGAAAUUCGCUCCUUUGACCCUCCCCAGUGUACCCAGAAGGCAUACCUCUAUCUACCCCAUUAUGGUUUUGAUGUAACCCAUUGUUAAAUGCAUUAAAAGAAUUAUAAUUCCCAUCAAAAUUACCAUAAUUGCCAGUUGGGUCUCCCUGCUUCCCACUGACAACAGUUUUCCCAUAAACCCCAGAAGGAUUCUGCCAGUUCAACUCAUUCCCACCACGAAAUCCAUCUGGGUUCCUAUGAAAAUGCCCACUAUUUUCCCUAACAUUCCGAUUCCCGCCCCGCCCAUGAUUAAUUUGCGUACCAUUAUCACCAUAAAAACCUUCAGAGUUACCCUUAUAAUUAACAUACCGCUCAUCAGGCAAACCAUUAGAGCUAUCAAAAUGUAAUCUUUCAGUAGCUGUAUUGAUAUUACGCAAGUGAGGGAAUCUGCAUACCUUGGGAAGGGUUCUCAGAGAGUUGAGAGUGAGAACUGCACCUUUGUUUCUAUACAUCUGUACUUCCAAUCCUGUGUAACUCAAAUAAUCUUUGAAGAAUUAUACAGCCGAAUCCAGACGAACGGAAACGGAAGAUCAAAAGAAAAACUUGGCUUCUGCAGAAAGUGAUGAUUUUGCUUUCUUUCUUCCUCUCCUUUUUUGCUUCUGUUUUUCGCCCAGUGAAAACCUCAUAAACCCUUUCCAACGAAUAAGGGUAAUUUGGGAAAAAGGGGGACUUUUUUGGAGCCUUACGACGUCGUUUGCCUUUGCUUUUUCCUUCUCAAGACUACAAACUAUUACAAAAUUCCCAUCCUAUUUGGAGAAGGAAAAAACCAUGGCGUCUGAGGGUUUAAGGGCGGGAAUUUCAGAAGAAAAACCAUGGCGGGUCUUGGAAUUCUACAGUGGAGUUGGCGGCAUGAGAUACUCUUUGAUGAAAGCUGAAGUUAACGCAACUGUUGUGGAAGCAUUCGACAUUAACGACGUGGCAAAUGAUGUGUAUGAGCACAACUUUGGACACCGCCCUUAUCAAGGGAACAUUCAGUCACUGAGUGCAAAUGAUCUUGACAGUUAUAAGGCGGAUGUAUGGCUUCUAUCUCCACCUUGCCAACCCUAUACUCGACAAGAAGGGUUCCAGCGAUGCUCGGGCGUCCUCUUUUUUAAGAAUUUUGGAACUGAUACCUCAGAGUUUACAGCCUCCAGUUAUGCUCUUUGUUGAGAAUGUUGUUGGAUUUGAGACAUCUGACACUCAUAAAAUAAUGGUUGAUAUGUUGGAAGAGAACAACUAUAUCCUACAAGAAUUCAUUUUGAGCCCAUUGCAAUUUGGUGUACCGUACUCUAGGCCUCGAUAUUUCUGUUUGGCCAAGAGAAAACCUUCAUCCUUUAGACAUCUUAAAUUCAACAGCCGACUUCUUUAUUCCCCUGGCCCAUUGCAAGGACAUGAAGAUGUUAAAAUCAAUCCAAAUGAUCAAUCAGGGGGAUAUUGCAAUGAGUUCAUACAAAUUUGUCAGCCUGUCAAGGAUUUUCUUGAGUUUAAGGAUCCUGAUAAAAGCUCCUUGGAUCAUUACUCUGUCCCGUUAAGCUUGGUAGAGAGAUGGGGAAGUGCCAUGGAUAUUGUGUUCCCUGAUUCAAAGCGCUGCUGCUGUUUUACAAAAAGCUACUAUCGUUUUGUAAAGGGCACAGGUUCCCUUUUGGCAACUGCUGGGGAAGUAAAUGACAAAAAGACAGCUCCCCUGGAGGAACUUUGCCUUAGAUACUUUACCCCUCGAGAGGUAGCAAACUUGCAUUCUUUUCCUGGAGAUUUUCAGUUUCCUCCGCAUAUCAGCCUCCGACAAUGUUAUGCAUUGCUUGGAAAUAGUUUGAGUGUUGGGGUGGUUGCUCCCCUACUCCACUAUCUAUUUUCCGAUCCAGUAUGA